CAUAUUAAAGCGAUAUAACUGAAGCAAACAAGCCAGAUAUAUUGAAGCGGGGAUAGAGUUCGGCGGUGUAAAGGCGAUCAACAAUGGCAAGCAAAACACCCUCGGUUGACCUGGUGCUUGAAGCAUUAGGAGGUAGAGGACGGUACCAGAUUUUUCAAUACUUCGCGUGUAUGUUGGCAUCGUUCUCAGCAUCGUUCCAGCUCCUCAACAUUGUGUUUGUGGGUAGACAUGUGGCCCAUACCUGUAAGCAGCCGGUGAAUAUAUCUGAUAUCUACCGGGUCAUUGACAAUGACCUCUUUCAGGCCAACAACAGUAUCGUGUACUUUGAGAAAUGUAACAUACGGUUGGAAGCCAAUAUUUCUGGCAAUGUCUCCACCUCCGAUUUGUCCUGUAUCUAUGGAUACGAGUAUGAGGAAGGGAAAGAGACUUCGUUGAUGUCUGACAUGGACAUUGUAUGUGACAGGUCACAUUUGCGUGGAUUUGCCCAGACGCUGCUCAUCGUAGGGCAGGGCAUCGGAGCUUUCAGUCUCCCCGCCCUCUCGGACCGUUAUGGACGCCGCCCUGUGCUUCUUGCCUCCCACCUUUGUUUUCUUGCAUUAGGCGUGGGCGUCGCCUUCGCCCCUGACUACACUGCAUUUCUUGUGAUACGGGUGUUCUUGGGAAUUGUGCAACAGGGAAUCGUUUUGUCCAAAAGCACAAUGAGCAUUGAGAUGUUCCCCUCCCGUCAUCGAAAGCUAAGCGGGCUCUUUGGCAACUUUCUUUGGGUGACUUGCACCGCUUUAAUCGCUCUGAUCGCCUACUUGAUGCAGACCUACUCCUGGAGAACUACACAGCUUGUCUACUGUUCUGUGUCCUUAUACGUCUUUGUCCAAUACUUCAUUCUGGACGAGUCUCUGUCUUGGUUGAUCACCAACAACAAGACCAAGCAGGUCACCAAGAAUCUAAAAAAAGCAGCUCGCAUCAGCGGUAAAGACUAUCAAACUGUUUUGAAUGUUUACAAGAACCUACAGAAGAAACAGGAGUCUGAGAAGAGCCUCACUGCGUCUUUACUGGGAAGCAAAGACCAGGGUGUAAAUGGGGAGAAGUCGGAUCUAAAAGAGAAGGAUAAAACCAAACCAUCCUUUCUAGACCUGAUGAAAAGAAAACGGCUGGCCGCGAAUGUGUUUGUAUUGUGGUUCAUAUGGAUAACAGACAGUUUAACAGUAUUUGGUCUCUUCAUGACGUCACAUUCUCUCGCCGGCAGCCCUCACCUCAAUUUCGUGCUCUACGCUCUCCUUGAGGCUCCGUCAGCUCUCGUCUUCUACUUCAUGGUGGACAGAUAUGGUCGUAAGAAAACAAGCAUGACUCUACAUGGCAUCGCUGGCAUUGCUCUGCUUGUGGCCACAGUCUGCAAAUCUCUAGGCGGAGGCAGCAUAUGGUCUUCGAUUACAGUCACAGUGUUCUCCUGUAUCGGGAUGUUCGGGGCGUCGGGAGCAUGGGGAACGUCCUUCUUUUUCACACCAGAAAUGUUUCCAACCAAUUUGAGAAAUUUUGGUCUUGGGACUUCUUCUGCCUGUGCUGGACUUGGGGGAAUGUUGGCUCCAUUCUCGAGUCUCCUUGCUGAGUACGUUGAGUGGGCCCCUGGAACCAUCUUCGGUGUGUGCUGUCUACUGGUUACCGUCCUAGUGAACAUCCUGCCAGAGACGAUGGGGAGAGCACUCCCGCAAACCCUGGACGACGUGGAAGCAUGGCAUAAGAAGACGGACGCUAAGACAGCGGAAGAGAAGAACAUUCUUCCGUAGUACCUUGGUAGUUAGUGAGACUUUUCUGUUCUUCAAAUUCGAGAAACUAAUUAACUGUGAAUUUGGGGUAAUUACAGGUGUUGGGUGUGAGUAAUGCGGCAUAUCCUUGUGUAUGUAUAUAACUGUAGAAGUUGUGACAUGCCUAACAUUUGGAUAAAAUAUAUAAACGGCUGAUGCACUCUGGAAAUAAACCAUAACGCUGA